CAUGUUUCGUUGUCGGGAAAAAGAGCACGAAAAUAUUAUUUGUUGAAAAAGAAUCGUAACGUUGACGAAACAGAAGUAAAGAGUAGGGCAAUCAACCAACGGCGAUUUAUAUAUUAAAAUUUAAUAAAUGGAGGUUGAAAAGACAGAAACUGAUAUGAUGAACAUAUCAGACGAAAAUACGACGGAAAUAAAACGACAAAAGAGAGGAAUCGUGUAUUUGUCCAGUAUACCUGAAUAUAUGAGUAUCGCGAAAAUUCGUGAACUAUUUUCAGUGUACGGAGAAGUUGGAAGAAUGUAUUUACAAUUAGCACAGAAUGAAUUAGACAAGAAUGGUAAACCAAAAAAACAAAAGAAAAUUCGCAACAAACAAUUUACUGAAGGUUGGGUUGAAUUUAAAAGUAAAAGGGUAGCAAAAUAUGUAGCAGCUACAUUAAACAAUACUCAAGUAUCGAACAAGAAAAAAAGUAAAUUUUACGAUGUUACAUGGAAUAUAAAAUAUCUUCCAAGGUUCAAAUGGAUUCAUUUAAGCGAACGUUUAGCUUACGAGAAAGCAGUGCGUAAACAAAGACUUAGAACCGAAAUUGCUCAAGUGAAGAGAGAAGUUAACUUCUUUUCUCAUAACGUCGAUAGGAGUAUCAAGCUACAAAAGAAACAAGAACUAAGUGGCAGUAGUACAUUUGUACCACCGGUUAUAAAGCAAAGAGACACAGAUGCAGAGAUUAGAAGCAAGAAGGAAAGUGAAAAUACAGUGGAUAGGACAGAUUUCUUAAAGUCAUUAUUUGCAUAGUGAAUGUUUAAUGAUACAGUUGAAUGAUACAGUGAUGCGAAAUGAGAGACUUGAUAUUUAAAUAUAAUGGCAAUCCAUAGAUGUUCAAUUGCCAUAUAAUAGAAUUGUUCUCCUCUCUUUUUAUCUUUCAAUAGAGAACAAAUAAAAAAAUUUCUAUAAUUUUCAAUAAUUUUUAUACAUCUCUCUUAUUUUUCAUUCUAAAAACAUAUUCAUGCAAAAUGACUUCAACAUGUAUCUCUCAUGACACGUUAACGAAUAAAUAUUUCGUUUACAUUAAA